GGCUCCGGUGCGGGAUGGCCGCUGAGCCGGGCGGAGCUGGCGCGCGGCUCCCGGAGCCGGCUCUCCGGCCCAAGACAUGGCCCGGGGGCCCGGCCUGCUAGGCCGGCCUCGCCCCGACGCGGUCGCCAUGCCCAAGAGAGGGAAGCGACUCAAGUUCCGGGCCCACGACGCCUGCUCUGGACGAGUGACCGUGGCGGAUUAUGCCAACUCGGAUCCGGCGGUCGUGAGGUCUGGACGGGUCAAGAAAGCCGUCGCCAAUGCUGUGCAGCAGGAAGUAAAAUCUCUUUGUGGCUUGGAAGCCUCCCAGGUUCCUGCAGUGGAAGCUCUUUCUGGGGUUGGUGAGCCCUGUGACAUCAUUGACAGCAGUGAUGAGAUGGAUGCCCAGGAGGAGAGCAUCCGUGAGAGAACCGUCUCCAGAAAAAAGAAAAGCAAGAGGCAUAAAGAAGACCUGGACGGGGCUGGAGGAGAAGAGUAUCCCAUGGAUAUUUGGCUAUUGCUGGCCUCCUAUAUCCGUCCUGAGGACAUUGUGAAUUUUUCUCUGAUUUGUAAGAAUGCCUGGACUGUCACUUGCACUGCUGCCUUUUGGACCAGGUUGUACCGAAGGCACUACACGCUGGGUGCCUCUCUGCCUUUGCGCCUGCGACCAGAGUCAAUGGAGAAGCUGCGCUGUCUGCGGGCGUGUGUGAUCCGAUCUCUAUACCAUAUGUAUGAGCCCUUUGCUGCUCGAAUCUCCAAGAAUCCAGCCAUUCCAGAAAGCACUCCCAGCACAUUAAAGAAUUCCAAAUAUCCAGUGAACCCACCUUUGCCAAGCUAUACCAGUACAACAGAUAUGAUUACUUAGGCAAGUUGAUGUCUCAGCCUAUUUCUCCUUCAACUAAUGCCAUUGUCUGAAUUUUGUAUCUUUUGAGUUGGUAAUUUUUAUUACUCUGUUCCUACCCCAAAUCUGGUGUCCUGUAGCACUUUCUAUUCUCUUCUAUUUUGUUUUUUGGAUGUUCUGUAAUGAUUCUUCUCCCCUAGUUUAGCUCCCGUGUGAUAAUAUUCCACCUGAUACAUAUUGACUGAAAGGGUACUGUUGGUUUCAAGAUUAUCAGGGUUCCUUUGAGGGUCGCAAACUGAGAUGGUCAGGGCCAUGGCCUGAGCUCAAUUCAAUACCACACUAGCUGGUGGCUUUAGGGCAGGAGUAGAAUGUGUGGUGAGUAGCAUUUCACCUAGCAGCUGCUUCUGCUAGUAAUAUGAGUGGACAGUGUAUCAUCUCACAUUUGCAGUUUCCCUCCCCAGAAACAUUUGAUAGUAUCAGACCAGCUCUGAUGAGGUGGGGAUCAUCCCAGAGCUAACCAUGCUGGGUAUGAAUCAGUUGCUGGGAGUAGAGCAGCAUUAGGCAGACUCCUCAUGCUCGACACAUCCUAGCGGCUCCAGUGCACAGUGCAAGUGCUACUGCCUAAAUCGAAAAUGCCCGUGUCUUCGUGUUCUAGUCACUGCAUAUUAAUUUUUUAAAAGUGGAUUAUAAAAACCAAGGUGGUGAUAACUAAGUUCUUAAUCCAGACAGUAAGUCCAGGCCACCUGGCUGCUGCUUUUGUGCCUUGUUGUUAGAGAUCUCUGGAGAGGAUAUGGGACCUGCAGUGACAGGUGUCCCAUGCAUGGCCUUGCCACUUGUAUAACCACAAUCGCAUGGCAUUCAGGGAGUUGGCAGCAUGCCUAAGGAAGUUGUCCCAGGUUCCUGGACUCCAGCUUUUCGUAUUUGAUUCUCCCUCUCUCUCUUUUCAA